AUGGCCGACGACCAGUCUUCGGGCAUGGAUGUUGCGCCUGUACGCAGAAGUCGCCGCGCGGUCCCAAAUUACCGUAACCUGGGCCCGGCCACGCGGUUCUUACGACGUGACGAGUCUGUGUCGCCGAGCUCGCGAGAUUCAUCGCGCUCCAUGACGCCGGUGCCCCGUGGCACAGGGAUUGCCGCCGCUAGAGCGGAUUUGCUAGCCGCGCGAAAGGAAGCUCGAGAGGAGGCGUUCAACCAGCUCCUUAAGGACAGAAUCGUUCGCAAAGAAAUGACGGAGCCUGUUCUAGACCCAGAAGAGGGGAUGGCUAGUGGGGCCUCAUGCCGUGAGGACCCCGCGGGACUCACGUCCGAGGAGCUGCGGGCCUCGGCGGGCCGGAGCGUGGCUGCCAUAAUGCAGAUGGCUGCACGCUCGAAUAACCUGAAGGGUACGUUCGUGCGCCGUUUCAAAGAUGCGGCGACUGAACUGCAAGAGAUCGUGGAGGCCCUCGCGUCUCGGACCGAGGCUGAAGAAACUCGUAGGGUCCGUGCUGAUAAUGCUCGGCUACGAACCGAGGUUGAAAGCCUAAAAGCAGAGUUGAAAGCUCACCGGCGCGAAUUCUCGGAGAUGAGGACUGCUGCUAAAAGUGCGGCAGAAGAAAAUAUGACGUCACCUACACCGGGAGUAGACUUGAUAGAAGAACUAAAGGCCUCCAUUGUGGCCUCGGUCGGGGUAAUGUUGGAUGCCCGUUUCGCGGGCAUUGAGGAGCGCCUUCUCCCUCAGAAGGUGAUUCGCCCUCCUCUGGGGGCGGACAGAAGGAAAUCGGCCACGCAGCCAGAGUCAACUCAUGGUGCUGGAACGGAAUCGGCGUCCCCUGGAGCUCCUCCGGCGACUGCUGGACCAAGUGGGUCAACGCCGGACGCCGAUAGUUGGGCCACCGUUGCAGGGCGAAAAAGAAAGAAGGCCCCGUCCCGUCCGGCAACGUCUGCCGCUGAUCCGACGAACCUUCCGAAGGGUCCCAAUGCGGCUGCCCCCAAAAGGGCCGAGCGAAACUUGGCCCCCCCUAAAAACGCCGCAGUUCUUAUAACAGUAACGUCGGACUCUGCAAAAAAGGGUGUCACCUACGCUCAGGUUUUGGAACGGGCUGAGCGUAAAAUUAAUCUCCAAGAUUUGGGCAUUGGCGCGGGGAUGAAGAUCCGACGAGCCGCCACGGGAGCUAGACUUCUUGAGCUGCCACAGGGGCAGACGCAUGAGCAGGCGGAGAUACUGGCCGGACGACUCCGGGUGGCGUUGGAUGGAGUUGCCGAAGUUAACUGUCCAACAAAAACGGUAACCCUCAGGGUCAGCGACUUAGACGACUCUGCCACAACUCAGAAGGUUGCAGCGGCGGUAGCGCUGGCUGGAGGCUGUCUUCAGUCGGCAGUAAAAGUGAGCGACGUGCAGCCGGGCCUCAGAGGUGUGGGUUCAGCUAUGGUAUACUGCCCGGUGUACGCAGCCAAAAAAAUAUGUGAAUCUGGUCGAUUGUUGGUUGGUUGGAGUUCCGCCAGCGUCCGUGCACUUGAGCAACGCCCUCUGCGCUGCUUUAGAUGCAUGAGCAUGGGACAUACGGGCCCCGUGUGCCCUUCGAAGAAGGACCGAAGCAGUCUGUGCUUCCGAUGUGGUGUAGAAGGCCACAAAGCCGCAGAGUGCGUUGCUACCAUGCGCUGCGCCGUCUGCGUUGAUGCGGGUUUGCCGUCGGGGCACAUAAUGGGGAGCAACAAUUGUCGCCCCCCUUCUGUCAAAGGAGGGAACGGUCCUCAGCCGCAGGUCAGUGAAAGGCAGAGUCCAGCACCGGAUGAUGCUAAUAUGUCGUCAUGA